CGCUCGGCCGGCCGGGUGGCGGCGUGUCCCUGUCCCCGGCUGGACCUGAGUGCCGGCCUUCCCGCGCGGGGCGCCUGCUCUGCCCCUCCUCGGCACCAUGGAGAAGUACGCCGACCUGGGCCUGGAGGCCAGUAAGUUCAUCGAGGACCUGAACAUGUACGAGGCCUCCAAGGACGGGCUCUUCCGCGUGGACAGGGGUGCGGGCAACAACCCCGAGUUUGAGGAGACGCGCCGCGUAUUCGCCACCAAGAUGGCCAAGAUCCACCUCCAGCAGCAGCAGCUCCUGCAGGAGGACACGCUGCCCAGGGGCAGCAGAGGCCCUGUCAAUGGAGCCGGCCGCCUGGGCCCGCAGCCCCCCUGGGAGGCUGGAGUGGGCAGCAGGCUGGUGGGGGACGGCGCUGCUAAGCCCCCGCUCGCUGCCCCGGCAGUGGCACCUGGGGCAGCCACCACCCUCGCUGCCGGGCAGCUCAGCUACCCGCUGCAGGAGCCCAGGGCCAGGCCUUAUGGCCAGGGCACAAGGCAGGGCGGCCAGGACUGUGGCUCCCAGCUGUCCACCGCUCACCAGCCAGGCCCCUGUGAGGACCCUUCCUGCCUCACGCAUGGAGACUAUUACGACAACUUGUCCUUGCCAAGCCCAAAGUGGGACGACGCACCAGGAGUGUCCCCCGGCAUGGGCCUCAGUGUAGGGAGCGGAUGGCCUGGUCCCCCUGGGGGUGAGCCAAGGCCCAAGCCCUGUGAGAACCGUCCGCUGAACCAGCCGCAGCUGUCCUUGAGCUCCGGCAGGCCUUUCGAGAGUGGCCUUGGUGGCCAGGAUGGCAGUGCUGGUGGCCGCAGGAGUGAGAAGCCUGCAGGCCUUUGGUCUACUGCGUCCUCCCAGCGGGUGAGCCCUGGCCAGCCUUCUCUGAGCCUGGGGAAUGGGACCUCAGCCACAGGGCCCACCCCGCUUAGGCCCCUCUCUGUCCCAUCGCCCUCGGCCCUGAGCAACCCCAGCCAGGGCGCACUUCCAAGAGCAGAUCUGACGUCCACACCCACUGCGGACCCUCAGCCCUGGUUCCAGGAUGGGCCCAAAUCCCACCUUUCUGGCUCUGUGCCGUCAUCCUCGCUGGGUGGUGUGGACAGCUCACAGCUGGCUGCUGUCCCAGGGCUGGGGCCUAAGCCGAGCCUCGCCGACCUUAGCACUGGCCCCAAGCUCAGCCCCACCGGCCUUGUCCAGCCAGCGGUGUCUGCCCUGCCUGAGGUGGCUCGUAAAGAGGGCCCCCCGGGCUGGUCCCCUGAUGGCAGCCUGGUCACUGUGCUCCCAGAGAGCCCCAGCUCGCCCAAGGUGAGGCUACCCUGCCAGACCCUCGUCCCGGGCCCUGAGCUCGGCCCCUCGGCCGCCGAGUUAAAACUAGAAGCUCUCACCCAGCGUCUGGAGCAAGAGAUGGACGCCCACCCCAAGGCUGAUUACUUCGGAGCCUGCGUGAAAUGCAGCAAAGGUGUGUUUGGGGCUGGCCAGGCCUGCCAGGCCAUGGGGAACCUCUACCAUGACACCUGCUUCACCUGUGCGGCGUGCAGCCGGAAGCUGAGAGGAAAGGCCUUCUAUUUUGUCAACGGCAAAGUGUUUUGCGAGGAAGACUUCCUGUACUCCGGCUUCCAGCAGUCAGCCGACAGGUGCUCCCUCUGUGGGCAUCUCAUCAUGCACAUGAUCCUGCAGGCCCUGGGGAAAUCCUACCACCCCGGCUGUUUCCGCUGCGUCAUCUGCAACGAGUGCCUGGAUGGGGUGCCCUUCACCGUGGACUCGGAGAACAAGAUCUACUGUGUCCGGGAUUACCACAAGGUGCUGGCCCCCAAGUGUGCCGCCUGUGGGCUUCCCAUCCUUCCGCCAGAGGGCUCAGACGAGACGAUCCGCGUCGUGUCCAUGGACCGAGACUACCACGUGGAGUGCUACCACUGCGAGGACUGCGGUCUGGAGCUCAAUGACGAAGACGGUCACCGCUGCUACCCCCUGGAGGACCACCUCUUCUGCCAUGCCUGCCACGUGAAGAGGCUGGAGCAGGGCCCCCCCGCAGCCCUUCGCCAGCACCACUUCUAGCCAGAGCCGCCACGGGCCACGCACGCCCCGGAGCUCAGGGACAGCUCCGCUCUGACUCCUGCUGGCUCCUGGGUGGGCUUGCAGCAGAAGCGGGCAGGCGCCGGCUCCCGAGGGUAGUGUGGGCCUGCCUCUAGCCAGGGAGGCCUGCCGUGUGCUUCUCAGGUGCUUUUCCCGCUGCCCCCCCUCGUGAGGCUGCGCAGGAAAACCGGCAGCACACGUGUGACGCAGGACGGCAGGUCACAAGGGGCCCACUGCACAAACCCUCCUGCCCCUGGGAGUGGUUCCACGCAGAGGCAGAGGUUUACACUGAGCAUGUUUCAUAGCGUCCCCGAAGAGACAGCUCAGGCUGAGCUGGACAUUCAGCCCUUUCCCCUCGAGGAAAAUGCCUGCACACACAUGCGCACACACAGACACACACACAUGCACACACACACACACACGUGCGCGCCUUAAGGCUUCUUUCCACCCAGAGCUUCAGUUCUGUGGAGUGGCUGCCAACUCUAGCCGCAGUGCUGGGAGAAGGAAGCUCUGACGUGAGGAUUGUCAGCUGAGACGAGAUAAGAGGGCAGGCUCCUCCCUGCCCGUGCCGGGUCCUCCAGGCCUCUGCAGGCCCUCACUGUCCAAGAGGAGGCGGCCCUGGCCCUGGCCUUGGCCCAGAGCUGCGUGCCCAGGAAACCUGGCUUCGGGAGAGAACCUGGUGCAGGCGCCAGGGCUUCCCUGCCCCUCUGCGCUUACAGCCUUUCUCCAGAGAGUGAGGCCUGCAACUGGAGCUGCCACUGCAGGGCGGGUCUCAGGACCCUGCGUGGGGACAUCUCUGUGCCUGUUUUAGCCCAUUUAACAGUGGGCCUUCUCCAAGUCCUGUCCACUUACAGGGGAUUGCUUUUUGUAAGCAAGAAUUUGUGUGUGUGAGAGAUCUCGAGGCCAGCCUGGAGGAGGCGCCUCAGGCUAUGCUAUUGCAUUGAUUACAAAGGCUUCUCUCUUGCCCGAUUGUUGGCACAGGCUGAUGUUUGAAGAAACCGGUACAAGCUACACUGCUGUUGUCUGUGUGUUUGUUUUUUCUUAACCGUUUCCCUCCACUUCCAGUCUUCCACACACACAAAUACCUCACAGACAGAGCGUCACCAGAUCGUAGAGUAAGGGGAUCUGGCCAUCACGAUGGACCCAGGCAGCUUCGCUGACGUGCUGGGGAUUGUCGUCUCCAUGCAGCAGCCGGGCCCCAGCUAGCCAGAGCGCCAUCUCUGCUGAAGGUCAGCGGCAAGGCAGUGGGCCCGCUGAAAGUCUGGCGCUGUGGCCGUGUGCUUCAGCGAGCUGCUCCCGGGGGCAGGGCUCUGUGGGCACCACACACAGGCUGUUUCAGGGUCACCUCUGCAUUGACAAGGCACCGUCUGCAGGUUACACUCCCAAGCUGGAAGGCAGUACCCUUGGUAUCUCAGUUAGAGGGAGCUGCCAAACACUGGUAGAAAACAACGCUGUCCAUGCCCUGAGGGGGCCCGCAGCCUUGAUGCAGGAGGCCGGGCAUGGCCCUUGCACCUGCACCUUCCAGCUGGAGCCCAGGGCCCAGGCCGGGUGCGGAGGCCAGGCCUGGGCACAUGAAGACCGACUUGUCAUGGGCUGGCUCACUCCAGGCCCUGUGCGGACUGCCUUGCCUGUGGGCAGCACGGAACUGGAGCCCAGCUUGCCUUUGCCACGUGUUCGGACUUCCUCCAUCGCAGUCCUUUGUCAGGUGUCGUCACCCAUGCCAAGCGCCUUCCUCUGCUCCUGCGGGCGGCUGGGAAGCGACCCCUGAGAGUGGGCCCUCCGCCCAGGUCUCCAGUACAGCUCUGGCCAGCUGAGGUGUCUCAAUGUGGCCUUGCCAACCUGGACACAGGCCCUGCCCGCACACCUUGGCUGCUCCCUCGUCAGGCAAAGUGGAGGGCAUGAGCUGGGUGCGCCAGAAGAGCAGGGAUUUGUCUGCAAAGUGGGUAAUCAGUUAAGAAGAAAUCUGUGAUUGGUUUUUCAAUGAAGUUAUUAAAGUUGAUCGAGGUGAUUCCAAUAUCUUUGCAAAUGUGGCAUUUCCUGUCAUUGACAAAGAACAGCAAAGAGGUCCGCGUGGAUGUCUUUGAUUGUGUGUCCCUGGAGAGGACCCCAGGUAGGGAUCUGCAGUUCUAGAACGGUCAGUUCUGUUUCUCUCUGCCUCAGGCCCUGGCCCAAAAGCCAUAGAGAGACGUUCACCUGCCUGGUCUUUUCCAUGCUGUAUAAAUUAUUAGCUGGGAGGAACUGGAACAAGUAUUAAUGCGCUCCCAGGAGACAGCACCAGCUACACCAGGGUCAGCCGGUUUGUCAGAAACGUUCAAGCAAAUAGCCCUUCCUGAGCUGCCUGGUCACCUCUCAGAUUUCAGAUAAAACUAGGAAGAAUGUGGCCGGCCACUGGGCCCCAAGGCCAGCCUCCACCCUCCGCCCUUGCCUCCUGUGAUUUUUCCCCACCAUCUCCUGGUCUGUCUGUAUCUGUAUCUUUUUUUUUUUUUUUUGCUAUAGGGCAUGUGAGCUUAUGGGGGAGGGAGAAAGGGAGAAGGCCAUCCCACAGACCCUUCUCUGUUCUGGGGAAUUUGGGUGCGUAUGCUCAUGUGCUUAGCAUGUUUUUGAGCCACCCAGUCUGAGACUUGAACCGUGAAGUCAGCCAUGCGGGGUUCAGCCACCUUAUCCUCCAUGCCACCUGCUGGCCCGUGUGUGUCGUCCUCGUCCCCCCCACCCCCAUGACAUUCAGAAACCUGGGUGGUCUGAGAAAAACCAGUAACCCACUUUGAACUUUUCUCUCCCUCUCCCACCGCAUCUGUUGUUUGGUGCGGGGCUUUGUCCAUCUCACCGAGGGGCAGCUAGAGCUCCAGCCAGGGCCUGCGCAGGACGGCAGGACGGCCUUGCUGGUGCUCAGUGGCGCCAGCACAAGUAAAACCCUCCUCGGCUGGUCCUGGCGGCUGCGCGGCAGAGGCCUGGGUGGCCAGUGGGGUCGGUUACGAGUUCCGCACACUGUGAGCUGUCGGGGUCUGUGUCCGCGCCUCGAGUCACGCCAGUGCCGGUGCAAAUGGUAGGCCUUGAGAGUCAUUUGGAACCCAUCCUGCGCAGUCCCCCAGGCUGGGCCGCCGUGUGAGGGUCCUGCUGCAGCGUCCUGAAAAGAACGUGCGAGGCUCAGCCGCAGAUGCUGUUCCACGCGUUUGUUAAAACCGUGUCUUCCGGGAAACCGGACUUGUUUGUACUACUCUUUGUGCCAAGAACCAGUCCUCAGUUCCCAGUUACCGUUGGAGGUAACUUUUUAAAGUAGCAGAGGAAGGGGUGGAGCGUGUUCGCCGCCUUCUGAGCCCUGACAUCGCCAUCUGUUCUGACAGCCUCAUUGUACGGGAAUCCUCCGUGACUUGCUGUACCGCAGUCACCGCUGUGCUGCCAGAAGUUGUGUCCAUCCGUAGGCUAUUAAAGCGCUCUCCGCA